AUGACUACGGGCUUGCCACAAGUGACGACUCCUUUGCAGCCCAUCCAUUCACUGGAGGCGCCGUCACGGGGUGUACCGGCCUCCGCCGCACAACCCGCCGUGCCGACCCACCUUGAUAUACCCUCCUAUGCGACCGGCACGGUCGAGUCCUCCGCUCAGACCGCGAUGAAUACGUCUAGGACACGUGUUCCCGACCCGGCCUCGUCCUCGAUCCAAGGUCCACUCAGUCAAGCUUCUACCUCGGCCGUCCGCGAACAGGCCGCUGAGGUACAGAACCCUGCCCAGUGGCCCCUUAUCAUGCGCAGCCCAUUCGAACACUUAGGUCCGCCGAGGGCUUCGUAUACAUCUACAAACGAACAAUCCGUUGGAAUCGCUCCUAGGCCGUGGCGGCAGAAAAUCCUUCCUACGCCCUGCUCGCCGUCGCUAUCAUCAGAUGACCCCUUGGAUCUGUCCCAUCCCACACCUCAUCCCAAGGCCGUCAAUGACAUGUCUCCACUUGCUCCGGCUCCCACAGUUUUCCCCCUUGCUCAGCCCCCAGCAAACCCCAAUCCUGCCGCGACGGCGCCCACGGCGACACCAGCCACAACAGCGCCCGCGAGCACCACGACGCCCGCUGUGACGGUCGCUCCUCGACGUCAACCCUCGGCGGCUCCGUCUCAGUCCACCGCAGCGCUCACAGACCCCAUCUUGAGCUUCUGCUCCGAGAUCGGGCUCUCUGCAGAUGUCGCGGCACGCCUGCGCGAGCUCGGGAUCACGGACGACGCGCGCAUCCGCGCCCUCGGGCGCGACUGCCAGGACCAGGAGACGAAGGCUGAAAUGAAGCGUGAUCUGCAAGAGGCCGGGUUCGACUGGGCGGCGCGGACGCUCAUCUUGAAUGGGCUGGCGCGACGUUCGGGCUUGAAGCGCAAGCGGGACGAGUAG